AUGUCGUCCAAGCUAAGAAUUUUGGUGCCAGUGAAGCGUGUUGUGGAUCAUGCCAUCAGACCUCGUGUCAACAAGCAGUUUACCAACGUUGAGACCAAGAACUUGAAGUUCUCUAUCAAUCCGUUUGACGAUAUUGCAGUGGAAGAAUCUGUGAAAUUGAAGGAAACUCAUCCUGAUGCCGUCGAAUCAAUCCAUGCCGUUUCCGUUGGCCCACUGAAGGCCCAAGAUGUGUUGAGGACAGCUUUAGCCAAAGGUUGUGAUUCUUCAACUUUGGUUGAGCAUGAUUCUACCGAAUUGGAGCCAUUGGUGAUCAGCAAGGUGUUGAAGAAAAUUGUUGAAGACAAGAAUGCUAACUUGGUUGUGCUCGGAAAGCAAGCCAUCGAUGAUGAUAGCAACAACACUGGUCAAAUGCUCGCUGGUUUGUUGAACUGGCCACAAGCUACCAACGCUUGUAAAGUAGAAUUGUUAGAAGACGGCGCCAGUGUCAGAGUCACCAAGGAAAUCGACGGUGGUGAAGAAAUCGUGGUCGCAAAAUUACCUAUGAUCAUCACCACUGAUCUACGUUUGAAUACGCCAAGAUACGCUACGUUACCAAAUUUGAUGAAAGCCAAGAAGAAGCCUUUGGAGAAGUUGAAGUUGAAGAAAGAUUUUGAAGGGAUCAAUUUGGACCCCCAAUUGAAACUGCUAAAGGUCGAAGAACCUCCAGUCAAGAGUGCUGGUAUCAAGGUUUCCUCUGUCGAUGAAUUGGUCUCAAAGCUAAAGGAAGCCAAACUGGUUUGA